AAGAAUAGAGAUAUACAGCCAAACUUCCACAGCAAGAAAGGAAAUGCUGUGCCGGCAGCCUGGACCAAGCAGCCCUGAAUUUUAAUUAGCCCCUUUUCUUCUGAAUGGAGAACUCAGACCUUGUCCUGGUGGGUGGGAACACAGCAGACAUUUCAGGACAGGCUCUUUCCCUGGGAGAACAGAACUUUGGAAAGAAAAGGCUGUUGUAGAGUUAGACUAAUUAGCCAUGCUCUCUUAUACCUGCUGCACGCUGUGAAUGAUUUUUCCUAUUUGAAUCACUCAACUUUGUGCCAUGCUUCAACAUUAUGGUUUACAGGUACCCUACUCUUCGGAGGAGUAAUUUCUGUCCUCAGGACACUUGCACCGCUGCAGCCCGUGAAGAGCUUCUUUGAUGUGUUCAUAAGUGAGAAGUGUUUCCCAACGAAACAUAAGCUGUUUUUCUCCCAUUCAAAGCAUCCCCUGGAAUAGUUGGAUCAAUUCUGUGCACUGGGAGACCUUUGUCUUAUUUGAAUCAACAUGGAAAGGAAUCUUAAGAAUGUUUUGGUCAUUUCUUUUGGAUUUUUACUUCUCUUCACUGCUUAUGGAGGGCUCCAGAGUCUACAGAGCAGUCUCAACUCUGAGGAAGGCCUGGGCGUUGCUUCCCUAAGCGUUCUCUAUGCUGCUCUUAUCGUCUCAUCCAUGUUUCUCCCUCCAAUUCUCAUCAAGAAGCUGGGCUGCAAGUGGACCAUUGCAGGCUCCAUGUGCUGCUACAUUGCCUUCUCCCUGGGGAACUUCUAUGCUAGCUGGUACUCACUAAUCCCUACCUCUGUGAUCCUGGGCUUAGGAGGAGCACCACUCUGGUCUGCCAAAUGCACUUACCUCACCAUUGCUGGCAAUUCAUAUGCUGAGAAAGCAGGAAAAAUUGGGAAAGACAUUAUCAACCAAUACUUUGGGGUCUUCUUUCUGAUAUUUCAGUCCUCUGGAAUCUGGGGAAAUCUUAUUUCAUCCCUGAUACUUAGCCAAUCUUCUAACAAAGUGGAAAUCUCAGAAGACCACCUGGCAUGCUGUGGGGCGUAUGAUUGUGAGAGCAAUACCACCAACACCACUGCCUUGGCUGAACCCUCUAAGUCCUUGGUCUACACUCUGCUAGGGGUCUACACUGCUAGUGGUGUGCUAGCUGUGUUGCUGAUUAUUAUAUUUCUGGACCAGAUCAAAUCUGAGCAAGCAGAGACUGAGAAAGAAAUACAAAAGACACCAUCCUUUUGGUCUACGUUCCUAGCAACUUUCCAGCAGCUUAAAGAUAAAAGGCAGUGUCUUCUAAUCCCUUUGACAAUGUACAGUGGGCUUGAACAGGGAUUUCUUGCUGGUGACUACACAAAGACUUAUGUGACCUGCGCCCUGGGGAUUCAUUAUGUUGGUUACGUGAUGAUCUGCUUUUCAGCUGUGAAUUCCCUUUGUUCUCUGCUCUUUGGAAAGAUCUCUCAGUUCACUGGUAGAAAAUUUCUAUUUGCAUUAGCCACAGCUACGAACACUGCCUGUAUAAUAGCACUACUGCUGUGGAAACCUCAUUCUAACCAGCUUGUCGUGUUCUUCAUAAUCCCUGCUCUUUGGGGCUUAUCGGAUGCCAUUUGGCAGACACAAACUAAUGGACUUUAUGGUGUUUUAUUUGAGAAACACACAGAGGCUGCCUUUGCAAAUUACCGUCUCUGGGAAUCAUGUGGAUUCGUCAUUGCCUUUGGUUACAGCACCACACUGCGAGUCUACAUCAAGCUGUACAUUUUACUGGCUGUGCUUAUGUUGUCUAUGGUGACAUAUGGAAUGGUUGAGUACCUGGAAGCUAAGAGAUCCUCUGGGACACCUGCUACUACAGAAAAAGAAAAUAAGGGACCUCACACCCAGGAAACACAUAUCUAACCCAUUUGGGUCAGAGUAAUCAAGGUCAUCUCCUACAGGCAGGUUUCCACAGGUGUUCCAAGUUCAACAGUUUCAAACAGAUUUUGGGGCCAACAAAAUACAAAUGUCUUAGGAGUAAAAAUUUCUCUUGACAUUUCAGCCUUAUGAAGGAAGAUUACCUGACUUCAUCCUUUCAUAC